UCCACCCAAUAACAUCCUUUCUCUUCAGUGUUAACGGAAAUGAAAAGUGACCUAGAACAAUUACCACGUUAGCGUUUUUAUUGUUGUUAUUUAGACGUUUAUUAAAACCCUGCAACUCAAACUAUGACUAAUUUAACUGCACAGCAUCACAUACUUACCCCAGGUAGUGUUUAAUUCGCGUUGAAGACAGGGCAUGUUUGAUAGAUGUUAUCUAGGUAACGCUAGCUAGUUGCUAACAAUGGCUAACUGUAUGGUUUUUCACACUCAAAUAGCCUCCAUUAUGGAGGUGCUAGCGAAUGCAGCCGUGGCUGACAUCUGUAAACUCGUAGACGACGACUAUGCAGUGUUUCGUUUGGAAAUUUCUCAAAGCCAGAAAGAAAACAGGGCAUUGCGAAGGAAACUACAGCUGUUCGAACUGAAGGUGGCACGGGAGCGCGUCCUCGCUUGUCGCCCUAGUAGUGUCAAGAUCCUCGACCGAUACAGAGGAAUGGCAAGAGGACAGCUCACUGGAGGCAAUAGGAGCUUUGUGAAGCCAGCGGGACACAAUACAUGGAGAGAUAACCAACCAGAUACUGUUGAUGAGGGAAAUGGAGAGUCAACCCAGCAUGUUAUCGUGAUAGAGUCUGCAGAUGCAGAUGCUGCAGGUCUUGGGGUCAAGCAGCACAGGUCUGAAGGAGAGGAGGGCCCAAGGCAAAGCGGAGACAUCCAGACUGGAGUGGUUGGAGCGCCCUAUGAAGCCAUGGAGGACCCCACCACCUCUGCGCCCCAGCCCAGGACCCGACGUAGCGUCACGGAGGAGGAUCAGGGUCCAGAUGUGCUGCUGGUGAAGGAGGAGGGGCUUGAGGAGGGUCUGGGGAACCCUGAGGGGACCAUGGUCAUGGAGGACAACCAGACUACACCUCCUCCUGGACCCACAGAGGAACCAGCUGAGCAGCACAGGACCACACACAGUCUCACUGAGUCAGUAGACAUGGAGGAUGGGAAGCCUGAUCUGCUGGUUGUCAAAGAGGAGACAAUAGAAGACGGAUCAGAGAGCAUUGAUCGGCUGACUGGAUUAAAGAUGGGGGAGCAAGUUAGUUGGCUGGAGGCUAACAGAGAAGACUGGGCGACCAUCUUGGAUUACCAGACCCAGACGGGUGCAGCCAGGGGCCUAAGGGACAACAUCACUGAGCAGGCCAGGACUAGAGGCGACAUAGUGGAGGUGGUUGGCUGGAGGCUAACAGAGGAGACGGGAGCCAUCUUGGAUUCCCAGACCCAGACUGGUGCAGCCAAGGGCCCAGUGGACAACAUCACUGAGGAGGCAAGGACCAGAGGUGACAUAGUGGAGGUCAGCGGAUGGGACAGCGUCCUCAACUCUGGACUGAGGAACAACAUUGUUGACCACUACCAGAAACAGACAGUUGAACACAAAACAACAUCCAAACUCAGUCUCCAUGACAACAGACGGGCUGAGACGAGGGCGAGACUUAGAUUUGGUCUGCGGGGAGGUGUCCAUAUGCAGCUGGAGAGAACAGACACAGACUCGGCUAGCGAUGCUCUGUCCUGCUCCUAUAGUUGUGAUUCAGAGAGACUGAUGGCGCCUCAGGUUAACCCUUUAACAGGUGCUGCCUUCACCAUGCCUUCUAUAGGAUCUAUCAAUUGGAACAUGGACCCUGCAACAACACAGACACUCCCUGGCCUUCAUCCUCCUCACACUCUCCUAAUGUUAAACCAAACCUCAGACAAUGCCAGUGCCUCAACACUAAAUGGCUACACAAGCCUAUUGACAAAUGACAGUAGUAGUAACGCUAUCAACAGAUCUUGUGGCAAAGAGAAGCGCUUCCCGUGUUCGUUCUGUGGGAAAGCCUUCAGUUUCCCCCAACAGGUGGAGAUCCACCAGAUGAUGCACACAGGGGAGAAAUCAUUCGGCUGCCACCUGUGUCGGGCCAGUUUCUCCCAUUCCUCCAAGCUGAAGAGGUACCAGAGAGUCCACAUAAGGGAGAAACCAUACAGCUGCCCCCAGUGUGAUAAGAGGUUCUCCCACCAGCACCACCUGAAGAGGCACCUGAAGGUCCACACGAGAAAGAGGCCGUUUGCCUGUACGCACUGAAAAUGCAGAAAAUACACACAGCGCAUGUAUAAUGUAGAACUAGUUAGAUUGUAAUGAAUUCUGUUGGAUUUGGAUGUAUAGGAAAGUGGAUGAGGUGAACUGAGGAUGAUGAGGCAGAGUAGAUGACUAUGGUGAUGGUGUCUGUAAAAAUGCUUUGUCCCUUUAGGUUGAUACUGUUUCAUACUGAGAUAAUGACAGUGCCUUAAUGAAUAUUUACUUGACGUGAGGUCGUGUGUAAUGUAAUGUUGAACCUUUUCCAAAGUAUUCUAAAAUGAAUGUUUUCAUUUAUCGUUUUGUGCAAUAAAAGUAAUGUAGUUCACAGUUGACUAUAUGACCAUUUUGUUUAAAUUAAAUACAAAAUUGACUCUGUA